CCGGACCGCUCGGGGCCUUCCCUGUACGGGCGUGCGCGGGGAGCGCCCUGCUCCCAAGGUGCUCCGCGACGGAGCCGGGGCAGUGAAGCGAAGGGGACUACGUUUCCCGAGGUGCCCCGCGGGCGGCGCUGGCCGGGCGCGGCGGGGCGGUUGGCGGAACCGGCGCGGCGGUUGAAUUGCGGCGGCAGGAGCGCCAUGGAGCUGGCGGCGCUCGUCAGGAAGCUGGGUCACGAGCUGGCGGAGAUUCGAGAACGCGCUCUGAGGAAUAUCCUGCUGAAACUGGAUCACAACUUGAUUUCCUACGCCGAUCUAGUCCAGGAGAAGGUGCUUUUCCUUAACCUGCUGGAGUGGUUCAAUUUUCCGGUAGUGCCAAUGAAAGAGGAAGUGCUGAAUUUUGUGAGCGGUUUGAUCAAGCAUCCAGCUGCUGCCCAGAAGAUGAUUGGAAUUGGUGCUGUGGAGUUCUUCUCUCAGCUUCGUGCUGAUGUUGAACCAAACUUGCAAGCUAUAAUUGAUGGGAUUGUGGAUGGACUGUUCUUACUUCCUGCUGAAAUUCCUAGUUAUUUAUCACGAGAUUAUCAGGCUCAGUCUCAGUCUUCAGUAGAUCAACAAGUUCCACCUCAAGAGGAAUUAUUCACUGGAUAUUUUUGUCAAGAUAGAAGCACUAUGCCACGGUUAGAAAUACCUCUCAAAAGAACACAUGCAAAAUGCUUGAAAUUUUCCACUUUUCCUUGGCUAACUCUUACUUCAACUGAUAGACACAUUCUUUCAUCAAAUGAAAGCUCUUUGAGAAGUAGCAACCAAAGUUUAAUUUGGAGUACUUGUGAGCUUCUUCAGGAUGUGAUUAUGCAAGAUUUUCCUGCUGAGAUCUUCCUUCAAAGACCAAAGAUUGUUCAGAGCCUUUUAUCUCUGCUAAACCUGGCUUUUGGAGGAGAUGGAAGGCAUCGGUUAGCUUUGCAGGCCGUGUCUUGCCUGCAACAGUUGUGCAUCUUCUUAAGAAGCAGACUUAACUUUCACAGAGAUCCAAGUUUUUUUUCCACUGAGCAAGGCACAGCUUCACAGAAUUCAUCUAUAUCUUAUUGUCAAGAAGCAAGAGGUCCUCCUCGUUCUCAGAAUCCAUCACCUGGAAGUAGUAGUCCUCGGCCAUCUGUGAUUGGAAGGACAGUUCAGCGUCCUAGAGGAGAUGGUCAAGAUUGGGAUGCAGCGUCUUCUAGUGGAAACAGUACUCAAGCAAAUGCAAACUCGAGAAUCUCUCUGCAUUCUCCACUUGAUGUGCGACAUAUUGGCCUGCCAGAUACUGAGAAUGAAGACACUUUAGAAUUGCAGAUGAAGCAGCUUAGCCUUCCUCAGUUCUGUGUUUCAGUCUUGGAAAACGCUAUACCUCUUCUAAGAACAGGCAGUAGGAGAGUGACAAUGGAAGUUCUUGAGUUGCUUGUUGAAAACAUGUACCUUAUUGGUGAUGCUAUUUCUGAGAAUGUUUGGGAAGAUGAAAGCCUUUUUGGAUUGGAACUGAGAGACAAAUUGCUUCUGGUCUUGGGUUUGCUUGGAGAAACUAUAUUAUAUCACAAAACCAAUAUAAGUGCAGAGCAGCCUGAGGUGAUGAUGGUGCAUCACAGAAUGGCGUUUACUAGCAUUUCUCUUUUCACUAUUAGAUUGCUGCAAACACUUCUCCCCGUAGAAAAGGCGAGUAAAGUUUCACAAAAGAGUUUGCUGAAUGCUUUAUUUCUUCUCUCUAUGGAUGUACCCUUUUCCUUGGAAUAUCCAAGCAUUCAUGAAGCUGUUGCAGCCUACCUGGAGCAGAUGAGUUCCGAGAACUAUAGUAUUUAUAAAAAAGCUUCAGAAGCUGUUUAUUCCACUGAAUGCACUUGUAGCUUUAUGACUGAAGUUCAUAAGAAGGGAGAGAAGAACUUUCCUGAAUUAUUAGAAUUGGCAGAUCAAGCCUUAAAUAGCCUACCCUACCAUCAACAUAUGCCCUUGCUUCAGGAAUGCAUUCACAUGUGCUCAAAUCUUUGGAAGUCUGGCCAGGCAAACCCAUUGCUUCAGACUGAGGGUCAGAAUGUGCUUCUCCAUCUAUUGGCUCAUCCUCUGCUGAAUAUAAAAACUGAAGCUUAUCGCUGCUGUCUUGAAGUGGUUAAGGACUGUCUAGGUGUUCAUAAUAUUGCUAAGCCUGUUUCUUCAGUCUGUCAUGGAGUACACUUUCUUCUUCAUCCAAAAGUUUUAUAUGAAAUCACUACGUUUGGCCUUCAGGAAGAUAAAAAUGAGGUACAUUCUGCAGCCAAAGCCAUUCUGAUGCAUCUGUUGCAGGGCCGAUUAGUAAUGGCAGUAUUGACUUGGAACAAGUUUAUUGAAGCUCUCUAUCCCAUCAUUCCUGUUUUACAGGGUUACGCUGACACAAAAGAUAAGCUAGGUAACUGCAUCCUCACUUUGAGUGAAACGUCUUCUGACAAAGGAGAGGGUAUUCUCCCUAGAACUACUAGACUACGAGCUGCUCUGCGUCUUCUUUUCUCAAAAAAGCAGUUGGUUCGAUCUAUAGCACUUAAACAUCUAGUAUUCCAUCUUUUGAAUGAAGAAGGAGCAAGCCUGAAACGCCCAAAUCUGCAUGGCAGUGUGUUUUCCAGCAUUUCAAACUUAUUUAUUAUAGAAAAAGUUAUUGAGCUGAAAUUGGAUGAUAAAAUGGAAUCAAUAUUUAAGGUAGAAACUGUUGAAAAGCUUCAUGACAUCUUGACUUCUGAUGCUGUUGACCUAGUUUUACGAAAGUCUGCAGCUGAGCAGCUAGCCAUCAUUUUACAAGAUACCAAAAUGCAUGGCAUUGUGAAAAAGCUGGGUGUGAUAGAAAAGAUUCUGGCUUACCUUAACGAAUGUGUACAUGUGGAUGGCAAGGUAAUGGAAUCCAUAGUGUUACCCUGUCUGACACUCUUACGGAAACUUGUGUAUGCUGAUCCAGUUGUUCGUUUGUCUCUAGCACAGCAAUCAUCUUUGUUGCUUUUGCUCUUCAGAGUUUCCCUGAUAUUCCAAAAUGAUCAAGCUGUUUUAAUGGAAACUACAGUAUUGCUUUGUCUUCUGUUGUUUGACGAAGUAGCAAGAGCAGACACGUGGGCUAAUGGCAUAACCAGUAAUGGUACUGGUCUACCUGCCUUCAGUUUGCCUGUUGCUGUUGUUAGACGAUAUCAUCUCCCAGUCAAAAUCACUGCUCAUCAUGCAGUUAGCCCUAAUUGUGUUGUGGUGCCGUUGUCUUCUGAGUGCUUGGCUAUGAAACCUGUGUCAGAUAUGCUAAAGAUGGCUUGGAAUCUGUCGUGGUACCAUGGGGUUGAGAACCUAUUGCAACUGACAAACUAUGAGAAGCAAGCAGAAACAUUUUUAGACAUGCUAAAACUCUCCUCAGAAGACCUACUUUUAUUGAAAAUAACUCACACAACCUAUGGACUGCAGGACUGUCUUAAUUCAAUCAUUCAGGCAGUAUCCCACAGAGAUGUAAGGGCUGCACUCACUAGGCUGAGUUUUUAUGUUCUGAAUGACAGACUUGCUUUAAAAUGCAUCUCUGGGUCUUGUCGAAACACUUUGAAGAGCUUUGUUUGGCAAAAAGCAAUAAAUAGGUUUCUGCAAGUGCUUCCAGCUUCUGCUGAGGAUGAAAAGCUUUUGGUAGAUGUCCUAAGAUUUUUAAACAAAUUGUGUAGAGAGCAGAGAGCAAGCUUGGAGGUAGACCAUCUAAAGUGGAUCAUGAAGUCAUUGCUUAAAAACAAGCCAAAUUCCCUUUUGGGCCUUCUUGUGCGACCAGAAUCCCAAGAGCAGGAUGAAAUAGAUGAAAUACAGACUGCUGUCAGGCAGCAACUUGAUAAAGAACUCAUUCGUCUUUUUAACUCAUUGUUAUUUUGCUCAAUGUCGGUGACUGACAGAGAGGGCUUGGAACUUGCUGGCUCUUUCAGAACUGAGCUGGCUCUGAAGCUGCUACAAUGCUUACGGCUAACAGAUGCACCACAUUUUUAUGGACUUCCCUUACUGGAGAGAACAUUGCAAGGAAUGGUUCAUGUUACUGCACUGCCAGACUGGAGUGCAUAUUCUGCUACAGUUGAACCUGUCACAAUUUGUAAGAAAUAUUUAACAGGUCUUCUUGAGGUCAUCUCAUCGUUUUAUGUUGAAUGGGGAGGAAAUGCUAUGUCCUUCAUGGGAAAAGGUGUUACAAAAAGCACAGUUCUUUGCUUGCUUCACUUAUCUCAUGAAAUGAUGGCUCAAGCCAAGGAUAUGGACUGGAUAUCCCUUUGGUCUUUGCCUUACGAUAACAGUGAAGACCAACUUCCUUCUCACCUAGGUCUGGCAUGGCUGGUUCCUUUAUGGGUAGAUAGAGACCCUGAGGUCAGAUUCACAGCACUUGGAAUAGGAUCAGCUCUUACAUCUCUUGAAGCAGGAUGUAUUGCUUUAGCAGAAAGUUGCCAGAACAUUUCAGGAGGGCUAUGGGGAACAGUGAUAAACAUCCUUCUGGACCAAUCUGAAUGUAGCAUGGUACGCAGGGAGGCUGCUUUUAUUCUACAAAAUCUUCUUGUGAUUCCAAUUCCUACUGAAGAAGUGAAAGAUUGUGUUUGGCAAGGCCCCUGUGUACAUGAUGAAGAAUCUGGCCUCUCCCAGACAGGAAAACCGGCACUUAAUGCUCUUUUGUAUCACUGUCAAUUUUACGAACAUUUGAAUCAGAUGGUGAAACACUGUUACCUAGGUUGUUAUAUGUUUGAUUUAAAUUCUUCCAGGGAGGACAACCACAUUAUUGAAAAAAGUGGUAUAACUGAUUUGGACGAUUCUCUUAAUCUUUGGAAAGUUCCAGCCAGUCAAAGCCAUUCUUCACAUUCUCAGUCAACAUCAGAAACUAUGAUUCUAUCUGCAUCACAGUCACUGGAAAGUGUUACUGAGCUUCGGUCAACGGUCCCAACAAAUUCAAACAAUUUCAUUCCAGAAACUGCAGUUAGUCGGCUUACAGCACAAGGUCAAAGUGAUACUACCACAGCAGCAUCUCCAAGUCAACAUGAUUCUGCCACAUCUGCUAUGUCUAAACAAUGUGCUGUAGUCACACCUGCACUUUUGUCAGCAGUUUGCAGCCUUCUGCACAAUCUGAUGAUUGUUACACCAAAAGAUACUGGAAUUGCUCUUCAACAAGUACAUUUGCUAACAGCUCUCAGCAGCCUUGUAAGUGCUAAUCUGGUUGAGAGAUAUAUCUUGGAAUUGAAAGCUCCACUGGGUCAUCCAUGUCAUACAGAACAUGUAAAAGCUCAGGUACUAUUGCUACUCCAAUACUUAUCAUCUGUGUCCAGGCUUCUGAAAGCAUGUUUACUAGUGGACUCUCAGCUUGUAAUCCAGGAUGAACUGUUGAAACCUCUCUUGGGAAAUACCUUCACUAUUCUCUCCAUUCGCUGUAAAGAUGGGCUAGAUACUGAGUUAACAUCUGUACUUCGUGAAACCUGGGUAGACCUCUUCAACCUUCUAACUACAUUAUUGUGGAAGAAUAGCCAAAUAUCUUUUCCAUUUGUGACAGCAGCUCUUGCAAAUCACUGUACAGCCAUAAUUGAUACCAUUUGUGAUUGUGUUCAUCUGUCAAACACAUAUCCUGCUUUAUUUAUGGCUAGUUUACAGUUCCUCUCUGUCCUUUUGAGUGAGGAAGGAAGACGACAGCUCCAAGAUGAACAGAGUAUAUGUCAGAACUCAACUGUUAGCUUUUUUUUAGAUCACGUUGAAGGAAGUCAAACAUCAGUAAUUCAACUUACUGAAUUAAUUAUUCAGGUCUGUGAAAGGAAAUCUUCAAAAGAUGUGCUGAAGGAAGUUGCUGUAAGUGCAUUGCUGUCUCUGUUGGCUGUCAGUAAAAGCGCCCAGAAAUGUGCUUUAGAAGUUGACCUGAUAGACAAUUGUAUAGAACAGAUGAAACAUAUUCAUGUACAGCUGAAUUUGGAUUCUCUAAAGCCUGGGAAAGCACAGAGAAAAAAGGAGGAUAGCCUUAACAAGCAAUUAAGAUGUGCUAUGCAGCUCCUUAGAAACUGCCUCUUUCGGAAUGAAGAAUGCAAAAUGGCAGCACUCAAAGUUCAUCUUGUUCCUGUUCUGAAUUUGCUAUGGCCAUGGUUUUUAAUAGAUGACUCCUCAAUGGAAAUUGCUCUGCAUUUGCUUUGUGUCUACACGGCAAACUAUCCUGCAGGUUGUACUUCACUUUGUUGGGUCAGCAGUGGACAGCCAUCACUUUCUGUACGAAGUGCAGCUGGCAAUUCAUUAAUGCAUAACAUCUUGAAAUUGGCUUCUCAAGUAUCAAAUGAUAACAGCUCACUUCAGCAGGUGGUCUUCAAUCUUCUUUCUAACCUUGCUUUGUCUCAUGACUGUAGAGGCAUUAUUCAUAAGAGUAACUUCCUGCAGAACUUUUUGUCCCUUUCAUUACCAAAAGGAAGUCAUAAAAAUCCUAGUAACAUAUGUAUUCUUUGGCUAAAGCUGCUACUGAACAUAUCUUUUGGAGAAGAUGGACAGCAAAUGAUUAUGAAGAUAAAUGGUUUUAUAGAACAGAUCGUGGAAAUGUGUAAAAACAGGCACAAGAAUAGCCAAUAUAUAGCACUACUUAUUCUACAUAACAUUUGUUUUAGUCCACCAAAUAAACCCAAAAUAUUAGCUAAUGAUACGGCUGUUGCAGUGCUGUCUACCUGUUUGGAAAGUGAUAGUGAAGCAGUUCAGAGGAUAGGAGCAGCUUCACUUUGGGCUUUGCUUCACAACUAUCAGAAGGCAAAAGUGACUCUGAAGAAUCCAUCAAUAAGGAGAAAAAUAGAUGAGGCUUAUUCUGUAGUGAAGACUACUCCACAGCCGGAAGGGAACGAGCUAAAUGCCUACUACAUAAGAUGCUUAGAGAAUAUUGUGCAGCUUCUUGAUUGUUAAUGAUUAUCAGAUGAAUUCUUAUCUUGAAAUUGGACAGAUUAGUUCAAUGGGAGCCUGAAACUUAAAGAAAAGACUUGUAAUUCAUGGAUUUAUGAAAGUAGCAUGCAUGCUAUGGAAGAAAUUUAUGAAGCCUUUGAAGGAGUUGAUCACUUUGAACCAAAGAAGUUGCACUAGUUGUGGCUCAGACUGUUUGUACUCUAAUCCCAACUGGGAAGUUGUAAUGAUGCUGCUAUGUAAAGUAUGUACACAGGAGAAUGAAUGUACAGAGGAAAAGGAUGUGAAAAAUCAGUAAUCUUCUUAAAUUAUGCAUUGAAAUUGUUACUGUAAAUUAUUAGAGUUGUGGUUUCAGUUUGGUCUUAAUAAAAUUUUGUUUGUUUUUUAAUUCACA